ACGAGAGUUAAGCAUACGAACAGAAGUUCCCAGUUUGAAGCCUAUUUUGAAAUCUACAGGAACAGAAUGUGUAGAUCUCAGUUAUGGAUACUGUCUUUAUCCAUUCUCUUAUCUUUUUCCCGUCACAUUGCAUCUCUAGGGGUUGAAGAAGAAAACAAAUCAGUAAAAACUUCUGUCUUCCUCUCUCCUCCAAUCGACCUCAAGCACGGCUUAUCUCUAAACAAAUUCUACUUUGACAUCCCAUUCCCAAGAGGACACAUAGCUCUAAAGAGCUUUAAUGCGGAAGUGGUUGACGAGAAUGGUAACUCAAUACCCCUCCAUGAAACCUACCUUCAUCACUGGGCUCUACAUAGAUACUACGACCAGAAAGCAGUAAAAGACGAUGAUUUAGCAAAGAUUAUAAUUGUAAGAAACUCUGGUCCUUGUAGAAAUAUCGGACAAUACUACGGCCUUGGAGCUGAAACAAGGAAGACCAAGACUUGGGUGCCUGAUCCAUACGGUAUAGAAAUAGGAAACCCUAAUGAAGUUCCUGAAGGAUAUGAGGAGAAAUGGCUUUUGAAUGUUCACGCCAUUGAUACAAGGAAGGUCGAGGAUAGAGUGGGAUGCACGGAAUGUAAAUGUAGCCUUUAUAAUGUAACUUCUGAUGAGUAUGGAAAAAAGUUGGCGAAUGGAUAUGUGGGAGGUCUCCAUUGUUGUUAUGAUGAAACUCAGUGCAGAGCAGAAGAAGGAUUUGGUGAUGGCGGUGAGAGGAAGCUCUAUUUGAGGUAUACUGUGAAGUGGAUUGAGUGGAGUCCGAGAAUUCUUCCAGUUAAGAUCUAUAUCCUUGAUAUUACUGACACUCGAGAUCGUCCAACUGGUCUGGAUUUUGUAAAUGCUUGUUCUAAUUGCGAGGUGGAGUACACUGUACCAUCAUGUGAUUCUGUUGGGGAAGAUAAGGGAGAAUGUAUUGAUGUCAAGAAGACUAAGAUUGUUCUUCCUCAUGGUGGUGAUAUAAUUUAUGGUGUUGCACAUCAGCAUAUCGGUGGUAUUGGUUCAGCUUUGUAUGGAGAGGAUGGAAGACACCUAUGCUCUUCCAAUCCCAUAUAUGGCGAGGGAGAAGAAGCAGGAGAUGAGGCUGGCUACAUUUACAUUGUAGGAAUGUCAACAAUGUCAACCUGCUACCCUAAACCUGGCUCUGUGAAUAUCAGAGAUGGAGAGCUUCUAACGCUGGUUUUCAAUUACAGCAGCUUAAGAAUGCGCACUGGAGUUAUGGGACUCUUCCAUAUUUUUCUCGCUGAGCCUCAGCCGAAGCACACUUCUUUCUUUUCACAAGAACUUGUCGUACCACGUUUUGCGCAUCUUGUGGAGCAGUGGUGGGUGCUUUUGCUUGCAGGAGGAUUAAUGGCUGUUGUUGCUGCUGCAAUAUACAGGAGGAGGAAGGAAGGUGGUGGCGGGUAUCAGAUGGUUGUUAACUAAACUAGAGUUAGUCAACUCUGUUUUGAUUAUGUUCUGUUCUAUGAAUCAUAUGAUAUCUAUUUAUUGCAGAUGAUGCGAUCUUCUGUGAUUUCUGUUGAAAAUAAAUGCAUGAAACAUAAUGUUUCAGCUAGUGAUUAAUGACGAAACAUUAAGUGUUACGUGUGUUA